AUGCGUGUCUCCAUCAAUGACCUCAUACAUUAUCAGAAAGAGGAGGAAGAGGACGAGGAGGAGGAUAAUGAAUGGAAAGGAGAGAAUAACCCAGGACAUAUUAUUGAUCAGAAUGCUGGUGACGAACAAUGCUUGGAAAAUUAUCAGAAGUUUGGCGGGGGGAAAUUUGAAACUCCUGAGAUGAAGAUGAAAAGAUUGCAAAAGGAAAAAGAGAAAAGAGACGAAAUCAGCAAUGGUAUAGUGAGACUCCAGAAAAUGGUCCCCAAGUUGAAUCAGCUCCAGAAACAAAAUAGACGUAAGACGAAAGACAAUUCUGAUCCGGUAUCGAAAAGAACUUCUAGAGCCACCAUAUUGAAAUCCAGUGCCCAGUAUAUUAAGGAUUUAGAGAAAGAAAUCGAAGGGUUGCAAACGAAAAUCAGCCAUUAUGAAGACACCAAAACUUCAUCAAAACAAGAUAAGGAAUUACAAAAUAGGUUGAAUGAUUAUAAGCGAGCCCUUAAUAAAGUAGCAACAAGUGGUUUAGUGGACAGUCAGAAAUCAAAAAUUAGAUCUGAUACUCGAACAAGGCCUGUAUCCUCAUCAAGUAAUUCUCUAUUAUACAAAAGUAAUGAUAAGACUGUGAAAAACAAUGUCGGUGGUGGUAUUAGCUAUUCCAAGAACAAUAAUAUUAUUGAUUGUUCAUCGAUAAAGCCUGAAUAUAGGCAUAUUCCUCAUUCAUCAUCAUCAUCAUCAUCAUCAACGCCAUCAUCAUCAUCCUCAUCUUCUUCGUCGUCCAAUGUUUCAUCACAGUCGUCGAGGCACUACAGUAAAAACUAUGUUUCCACUGAUCAACCAGAUUCCGCUCCGGUUUAUUCUCAUCAGCAUCGAUACUCGUCUUCAUUGAGCACAUCAAGUAAUUCGCCCAAUCGGAUCGUUAGUAACGGUAUUUCCUCAUACCAACAUCCCAAUAAUUAUCAGUUACAGCCCACAAAAAAGAAAAUUACGCUUCCUCCAUUGCAAGUAUUGGCUGGUCAUCGUGUUGGAUCUAAUGCCAACACGAUAUGGAAUCAGCUGUCAUAUUUACACUAUAACCAACAAUCAGAAUAUUCGGUAGUAACAUCAUUCUCUUCGCAACAUCAAUCGGAUAUACAAAGGUCCCCAAAUCACCAGAUCAAUCCGGUAAAUUAUUAUGCAAAUCCUUCACAGAGGCCUUCAAAAAGUGAUAGGAAUCAUAGAAACGCAGAAGUGGAUCAUGCAAAUAGUCUCUCUAGAUACAGAAUGAGCUGA